CCAAUCAAUAUCUGAUUGGAUUGAUGUGGAAGAGUUAUUUGGAAUCCUUAAAAGGAUUCACCCACAACAACCGUCGGUCCCAUUAAGGACCAAAGAGUUAUUUGAGAAUUUAAAAAUUUUAUGA